CCAGCCCAGCCCAGCCCUCCUUCCCUCCCCGCUUCCUUCCUUCCUUCCUUCCUUCCGCCGGAGGAGGAGGAGGCUCCGCCAGCCCGGGCCCGGGAGGGGCGGAGUUGCACCUGCUGCCGCUGGGCUGGAGAAGCGGGCCGGGCCCGGGGAUGGCGGCUGCUGGGGGGGGCCUCCUGCUGGGGCUGCUGCUGCUGCUGCUCGGCCUGGCCCCUCCUCACUCAAUGGUGGUCGCUGGAUGCCAUGAAGCCGCCUACGGCCACUUUGUCCAGGAAUUCUGCUUCAGCAGGUUCAAAUCUGACAUGGGCACGCUCAGACAGGCGCUGUGGUGCGACUGGGAUAAGACCUUUGGUUGGUACGGGGAACUUAUCAACUGCACCUUCCUGAUAGCUACAAAGCUGGACUGCUACUGGCCCAACCAGCUGGUGGACGAGUUCUUCAUAGCCAUUCACCAGCACUACUUCCAAAGCUGCCCUGUGUCAGGGAGGUCUUUGCACGACCCCCCCAAUAUCGUGCUGUGUCCCUUCAUUGUGGUCCCCAUCUUCGUCACUCUCCUCAUGACGGCCGUGGUGGUGUGGCGCAGCAAGCGCAGUGAGGGCAUCGUCUGAACUCAGCAGCCCCUGGAGCAGUGAGCGUAACGAGUCACUCGGAAGGCUCCAGAUCUCACGUGAAGAGAAUUCCAGGCCAUUCAGCUGCAGUGAAGAAGAGGUUGCUCUCCUUGCACUGGAAUAAUGAGUUUGUAACAGUCAUAUUUCUUAACAUUGUUCAGUAGGGAAAAUCAUUCUGCCACCCAGAGAGAAAAGCUGCAACUAGAUCUGUUAGAACCAGGAACUUGUGAGCUUAAUCCCUGAAGCCUUUCUGAUCUGGCCACAGUGUCUCCUCUCUGAAGUGCCUCCAGUUAACGUUGCCUUUGUGUCCCCCUUGGCUUCAUCUCGUGACCUCCCCGCUUGCUCCAUGAUUGCGACCUUUUCUUGGGGUCAGGGAAUGUAUGGAAGGAUAUGGCAAGGUAUUUGGACACAGUCUCCAGCAGCUUUGCUGUUGUGCAAAUGACAGGGCAUUGAGGUGGUUUUUAAAAAAUAAUAUAGGCAUAAAGAUGGAAUUAUAUUUUUUAGUUCCAGCGGAGUCCCAUGACUAGCUGGACAAUGGCUAGAAUACAACCCAGCAUAUGGCAGGAUAUAGAACGUUUAUGGCAUCUGUGAAGAAACGCCAUCCACCCACCCUCCCAAGCAUUCGCCCCCGUCUUUCAGUGAUUACUUCUCUCUGUCUUUGGACAAGAGCCCUACUGCUGAGUGACAGCCAUCAGCAGGGAAGAAGGAGAGAGCAUUGUUGUUGAGUCUCCUGCCCCCCCCCCCCCAAGCAUUCAAGCUCUUAGUUAUGCUGAUGGCUUCCUUCUUUGCCAAGAAGUCACAGGUAGAGCCGUAACGUUUGGAAGACUAGAGAGCUGGAAGGGGAGGUCUUCCUUUGGGACAGGAAGGCCAUCCAAGUGGCUACCCAAAAACUCUACCUAUCAGGGCGACUCUCUCUCACAGACACCCCUCCCAGUUUGGGCAGCUCUUUUGGGCUUGCAAAGCCAUGAAGGACUCCAUGUGGCCCACAAAGCAAGGGGCAGUGGAGUGGAGUCAAAACCGAGAGAUCCGGCCUCAUAACGGACUGUUCGAGUGCUGCAACUUCAAGCAAACGUUGCCUGUCCUCAAAGGCCAGAUAAUGGGAGGGAGGGAGGGAGGCCUUGUCAGAGGAGGAGAAAGCUGUGUGUUCUCAUCCUUUGCUGACUUGCUACGCCUGUGUUGCUUUCUUGAGCUGAACACGUGUUUUCUUCAAAUAUUAAACUUCCUCAUAUCCUAA